GCUAGGUUUGUCUCACUACGGUAAAACUAAUAUGAUGGAGAGUUCCAUAGUGUUAUAUCCUUCUUUAGGCAUAGCCAACCUAGUUUCCAUGGUCGAGCUAUCCAAGCUCAUACUCACACACCACCCAACAUUCUCAAUCAAUGUCGUAAUCAUAGGAUUACCGGCCAAUCCAACGGCUGCUGCUGCAACUCCAGUAAACACAUCCAAAGAUAUCUCAUCCAACAGUGCAAAAUACAUUGCUACUAUCUCAGCUACCAUCCCCUCCAUCAAGUUUCAUUACUUACCACAAAUCACUCUACCACCCAAUACAACUUUGGGUCCUGUUGAACUUGGAUUCUUCAUCCCAAAUCUCAACAACCCCAACCUCCAUCAAUUCCUUCAAAAUCUUUCUCAAACCUCAAAACUCAAAGCUUUCAUUCUCGAUUUCUUCUGCGAUGCUGCUUUUGAAGUCUCCUGGUCUCAACAUUCCUACUUACUAUUACUUCACAACCUCAGCAGAGAAAGCUUAGAGAGCAGAACAAAUCCUGAUGACGAAGAUGCAUAUAAGCCCACUAUAAAUGUGUCAUGGUUACCAACGAUUCCUAAUUCGGAACUUCCUGAGGCUAAUCAGGAUUUCAGGACUGAUAGCUGCAAGAAACUUUUGGAUCUUUUGGUAAACUCAUUUGAUAUGUUCGAGAAUAAAACUAUAACAGCUCUUAGGGAUGGGCUUCCCUUACCGGGAAAAUCGAUCCCACCGGUUUUUCCAGUUGGACCGGUGAUCAAAACUAAUAUGGGAUCGAAAUUGGAAGAUGAAAGUGGUUGCUUGAGUUGGCUAAAUGGGCAGCCAAGUGAAAGCGUUGUGUUCUUGUGUUUUGGAAGUUUGGGGCGUUUCUCGGCGACCCAGUUGACCGACAUGGCUGUGGGUUUAGAAAAUAGUGGCCAUCGAUUCUUGUGGGUGGUGAGAGACCCACCUGACAACAAUGGCGAUGAGAAGAAUAAGGAGAGAGAAUUGGAAGAAAUAUUGCCUAAAGGGUUUCUGGAAAGGACAAAAGAAAGAGGAUUGGUGGUUAAGCGUUGGGCUCCACAGAUGGCUAUUCUGAGUCAUGACUCGGUUGGUGGGUUCGUGACUCACUGUGGAUGGAGCUCAGUGAUGGAAGCUAUUAGCAAUGGAGUGCCGAUGUUGGGGUGGCCUUUGUAUGCAGACCAGAGGAUGAACAGGAUUUUCUUGGUGGAAGGCUUGAAAGUGGCACUGAGUUUUAGAGAAUCGAAAGAUGGGUUUGUGAGUGCAACUGAGUUGGAGAACCGAGUGAAAGAGUUGAUGGACUCGGACUCGGUGAAAGGGAAGGAGGUUAGAGAAUGGGUUUGGCAAUUGAAAGAAGGAGCUGUUGCAGCUAAGAAGGUUGGAUUGCAUUGACCAAGGUUAUUGAGCUUUGGAAUAAUAAUUAAGUAAAUUGAUGAGAAUCUCAACUCUUUUCUAUAACCUCAUUUUUAUGUGUUCUGUUUUAUGGGCAUGGAUUUGAAGGAACAC